UUCCAUGUCACCAUUCAGUAUUGAGAGCAUACGCCGCCCCCGGAGGUCAGAGUCGCCCGACUCCAAGAAGAGACGCAUCCACAGGUGUGACUUUGAGGGCUGCAAUAAGGUCUACACCAAGAGCUCCCAUCUAAAAGCACACCGGAGGACGCACACUGGUCAGUGGCUUCACCAACACAUUACAGUUCUCUUCAUCAAUUAAAGGCUAGGUCUCUUCCUGAAUAAUAAUGUAUUCCGUAGCGCUAAUAUGCAUGGAAAGUCAAUACACAUGGAAGAUGCUUCACAAAAGCUUUAAACACAACAAGCAACCUGGACUUAGGGAUAGACGGUACAUAGUAUAAGUAAAUCCGGGAGACUCCAAUUAGUACGAUAUGUUAUGUUUCGUAUGGUAUGUAUUUAUUUGUGGAUGUCCAUUAUCCAUUUCGUAUGAUACAGUAUGUUAUGAAUUACAAUUCAGAUGAUAUGUUACAAAUUGCAAUUUGUACAAGAUUUUACGAAUUGCAAUUCAUACAAUACGUUAAGAAUUUGCUAAAUGUGUGAUAUGUUACGAAUUCCAAUUUGUUGUUGCUAACGUUAGCUAGGUGGCUAAUGCUAAUGUUAGUUAGGUGGCUAAGGUUAAGGGUUAGGGUUACGGUUACGGGUUAAGUUUAGGCUUAAGGUUAGGGUUAAAGUUAGGUUUAUGAGUUAGGUUAAAGGGCUAUGGUUAGGGUUAGCUAAGAUGCUAAGUACUUGCAAAAUAGCUAAAAAGUAGUAAGUAGUUGCAAAGUUCCUAAUUAGCUAAAAUGCUAAAGUUGUCCGUGAUGAGAUUCGAACAUGCAAACAGUUGGUUGCUAGUCGUUCACAUUAUACUCCUACACAUCCACUCCAACCACCCUACUUUUAUUGUUUUUGCCUUAAGUAACCUUCUGUGUUAUGUAACCAUACCAAACAUAACAUGUCAUACUAAUUGGAGUGUCCCGGAUUUACAUAUACUAUGAUAAGUGUAGUCUAUGAGAGCACCUGAUGUGUGUCUGACGAACUGCGGCUUCUCUUGCUGUUUCAACAUGCAUAAUCAGCUUGCCCAACGACUUGACUUUGAGCCAUUCAGAGAGCAUGAAAGAAGCAACAAUGAGAAGGAGAAAAGAGGGUACUUUUUCUAUACUGGUAACAUCAACCCCCUUACAUCAUCAACCAAUUAGUUCAUUUACAUUACAUUUACAUUUACGUCAUUUAGCAGACGCUCUUAUCCAGAGCGACUUACAAAUUGGUGCAUUCACCUUAUGAUAGCCAGUGUGACAACCACUUUACCAUUUUUUAAAUAUAUUUUUCUAAUUUUUCAAUAGUCUUUUAGAGUAUAUUUUUAAUCUUCAUUUGUAUUAUAUAUAUUGUUUUUGUUAUUUUAUUUGUUAUUAGUGUUUUUUUUCACUUUUUUAUUUAUUUGAUUUCAAAUUAUCAUUAUUAUUUUUUUAUUUUUUUGUGGGGGUGGGGUAGAAUGAUUACUUUUAUACCAUCGCAGGUAUUCCUUAAAGAGGUAGGGUUUCAAGUGUCUCUGGAAGGUGGUCAGUGACUCUGCUGUCCUGGCGUCGUGAGGGAGCUUGUUCCACCAUUGGGGUGCCAGAGCAGCGAACAGUUUUGACUGGGCUGAGCGGGAACUGUGCUUCUGCAGAGGUAGGGGGACCAGCAGGCCAGAGGUGGAAGAACGCAAUGCCCUCGUUUGGGUGUAGGGACUGAUCAGAGCCUGAAGGUAAGGAGGUGCCGUUCCCCUGACAGCUCCGUAGGAAAGCACUAUGGUCUUGUAGCAGAUGCGAGCUUCAACUGGAACCCAGUGGAGUGUGCGGAGGAGCGGGGUGACGUGAGAGAACUUGGGAAGGUUGAACACCAGACGGGCUGCAGCGUUUUGGAUGAGUUGUAGGGGUUUAAUGGCACAGGCAGGGAGUCCAGCCAACAGCAAGUUGCAGUAAUCCAGACGGGAGAUGACAAGUGCCAGGAUUAUGACCUCUGCCGCUUCCUGUGUAAGGUAGGGUCGUACUCUGCGAAUGUUGUGGAGCAUGAACCUACAGGAUCGGGUCACCGCUUUGAUGUUAGCGGAGAACGACAGGGUGUUGACCAGGGUCACACCAAGGUUCUUUGCACUCUGGGAGGAGGACACAACGGAGUUGUCAACCAUGAUGGCGAGAUCAUGGAGCGGGCAGUCCUUCCCCGGGAGGAAAAGCAGCUCCGUCUUGCCGAGGUUCAGCUUGAGGUGGUGAUCCGACAUCCACACUGACAUGUCUGCCAGACAUGCAGAGAUGCGAUUCGCCACCUGGUUAUCAGAAGGGGGAAAGGAGAAGAUUAGUUGUGUGUCGUCUGCGUAGCAAUGAUAGGAGAGGCCAUGUGAGGAUAUGACAGAGCCAAGUGACUUGGUGUAUAGAGAGAAUAGGAGAGGGCCUAGAACUGAGCCCUGGGGGACACCAGUGGUGAGAGCACAUGGUGCGGAGACAGAUUCUCGCCACGCCACCUGGUAGGAGCGACCUGUCAGGUAGGACGCAAUCCAAGAGUGAGCCGCGCCGGAGAUGUCCAACUCGGAGAGGGUGGAGAGGAGGAUCUGAUGGUUCACAGUAUCAAAGGCAGCAGAUAGGUCUAGAAGGAUGAGAGCAGAGGAGAAAGAGUUAGCUUUAGCAGUGCGGAGAGCCUCCGUGACACAGAGAAGAGCAGUCUCAGUUGAAUGACCAGUCUUGAAACCUGACUGGUUUGGAUCAAGAAGGUAAUUCUGAGAGAGAUAGCAGGAGAGUUGGCUAUAGACGGCACGCUCAAGAGUUUUGAAGAGAAAAUAAAGAAGGGAUACUGGUCUGUAGUUGUUGACAUCGGAGGGAUCAAGUGUAGGUUUUUUGAGGAGGGGUGCAACUCUCGCUUUCUUGAAGAUGGAAGGGACAUAGCCAGCGGUCAAGGAUGAGUUGAUGAGUGAGGUGAGGUAAGGGAGAAGGUCUCCGGAAAUGGUCUGGAGAAGAGAGGAGGGGAUAGGGUAGGGCAGUGUGAGCAGAUUUCAUCUGGAGAGAGAGGGGAGAAAGAAGUCAAAGCAUAGGGUAGGACAGUGUGAGCAGGACCAGCGGUGUCAUUUGACUUAAUAAAUGAGGAUCGGAUGUCGUCAACCUAGUAGACAAUUAGUAGGCAAUGCCUACUCAUAAUUGGUUGAAAUCACACAAUGCACACCGAUGAUGUCAUUGGAAACACUUAUGUUCCUCUAUCUUUUUUACUACAAAACAUAGAAAUGCGACAAUUUCACAUAUGUUGAUGUUGGGUGGUGCUGGAGAUGAUAAAGAUGAAGUUGAAAAAUUUAGAAAUGUAACUUUAACUAAAACAAUACAUCUGCAAGUUUUUUCUAGAGCAAUUCCUAGUUACAUAUUGCACAUCUAGCUAAGGAGUUUUGUGCAUGAAGGAGCAUUAUUUUUAGUUUACAAAUGUUUUAUAUUGUAAGUUUGACGACAAUGUGCACAAAACUUGUCCAUUAGCUAGAUAGCUAGCUUGCUAACUGAGUCAGUCAAACGAAUGGGAUGGUAACCAGCAAUAAUGCUAAACACUAGCUAAAUGCUUCCUCCAUAAGCUAGCUAUCUAGCCACUGUAGCUAGUAACACACCAAGGAUACUGAUGGCUAAGGUAUUUAGCACCUCUGACAAGCAUGUCGGCAGUCAAAAUCACCAACUAGUGAAGCAGCUAUUCUGCCAAAAGCAGUGCUGGACAGAGUGAGCUCUAGCCAACUUUAUUCCAUGUUUACGUCAAGUCAGGAACUCGUAAAUACGUCCUUCCUACUGGGAAAAAUGCACGUGGAUGCCCCUCCAACUCAGAAUUAUGACUAGGAAACUCGGGUAUGAUCUCGGGACCCCGAUCUUUCCCACAUGAUGAACUCUGACGUCAUGCACCACAGAAAAUGUCAACAACCAUGGCCACAAUUUUGUCUGUCAAUGGUGAGAAUGGCUCUUGUGUUCCUUCCGAGUUCCGAGCAUAUGAACUCUACAAGUCGUUCCUCCGAAGUAGACAAGUCGUUCCUCCGAUUACUCCGACAUGACGUGAUCAUGGCAUUAUACUGCUAGUGCCAGUUUGCUAGCUUGCUAGCUAGCUAAAUCGUUAGCAUCAUCAUUCGGUAGCGCAACAUAUAAACUAGAAAUUUGGCUAGAUGGCACUGGCAGUAUGGGAUAGUGGAGAGUGAAUUCAAUUAUUUCGUCAACAUCUUGCUAGCUAGUGGUUAUCUAGUUGUGGCCAUCUAGCUAUCAACAGGGCUUCUAGCUAGCAACAUUAACGCAGCUAGCUAACAUUGGCUAUAUAGCAACAUGGUCCUACUACGUGCCAAUGGAAACAAAGCUUAAGAUAGCACCACUACUGCCAUCUUCUGGUCUGGAGUAUUUUAACAAGUCUAUAAUGUUUUAUUUUAUUUUGUUAUGACAGAUUAUGAAGGCUUUUGUUUUGUUUAAUACUUUGUGAAUGAACUGUUAGCUACAAAUAUAUAUUUUUAAAUGUUAUUAGAUUUUAAUUUUUGUAAUUGUCACAUGCUUUGUAAACUAACAGUGGAAUGCUUACUUACAGGUCAUUAUCCAACAAUGCAGAGUUAAAGAUAAAACAUGUAAUAAACAAAUACAAAUAGUGACACAAGGCAUAAGUGUGAAUAAGUGAAUAACGAAUAACAAUAACUAGUAAAAGUAACAUGGCUAUAUACAGGGAGUAUCAGUACCGAGUCAAUGUGUAGGGGUACGAGGUAAUUGAGGUAGCUAUGUACAUAUACUGUAGGUUGGGGUAAAGUGACUAGGCAACAGGAUAAAUAAUAGACAGUAGCAGCAGUGUAUGUGGUGAGUGUGAAAGUGUGUGUGUGUGUUUGAGUGUGUGUGUGUGGCGUCAGUAUACAUGUGUGUGCAUGUUAUGUGUGUGUGGGUGUAUGUAGUGUGUGUGUGUAUGUGUGUGUCGGGGUGUCAGUGUAAGUAUGAGUGAGUGUGUGGGUAGCAUCCAGUGUGUGUGCAGAGAGUUAGUGCAAGAGAGUUAGUGCAAAAAAGGGCCAAUGCAUGUAGUCCGGGUAGCCAUUUGAUGAGCUAUUUAGCAGUCUUGUUUAGCAGUCUUAUGGCUUCGUGGUAGAAGCUGUUCAAGGUCCUGUUAGAUCCAGACUUGGUGCACUGAUACCGCUUGCCGUGCGGUAGCAGAGAGAACAGUCUAUGGCUUGGGUGGCUGGAUUCGUUGAAAAUGUUUUGGCCCUUCCACUGACACAGCCUGGUACAGAGGUCCUGGAUGACCGUACUCACCACCCUCUGUAGCGCCUUGCGGUCGGGUGUCUUGCAGUUGCCGUACCAAGCGGUGAUGUAGGCAAUCAAGUUGCGCACAAUGGUGCAGCUGUAUAACUUUUUGAGGAUCUGAGGGCCCAUGCCAAAUCUUUUCAGCCUCUUGAGGGGGAAGAGUUGCUGUCGUGCCCUCUUCACAGCUGUGUGGUUGUGUGUGGACCAUGUUAAUUCCUUAUGGAUGUGGAUACAUAGGAACUUGAAGCUCUCGACCUGCUCCACUACAGCCCCAUCAAUGUGGAUGGGGGUGUGCUUGCCUCUCCGUUUCCUGUAGUCCACGAUCAGCUCCUUUUGUCUUGCUGACGUUGAGGGAGAAGUUGUUAUCCUGGCACCACACUGCCAUCUCUGACCUCCUCCUCCGCCAUGAACGGUUGAUGAUCUGAGCUACAGUGACGGGAAAAAAGUAUUUGAUCCCCUGCUGAUGUUGUACGUUUGCCCAUUGACAAAGAAAUGAUCAGUCUAUCAUUUUAAUGGUAGGUUUAUUUGAACAGUGAGAGACUGAAUAACAACAAAAAAAUCCAGAAAAACGCAUGUCAAAAAUGUUAUAAAUUGAUUUGCAUUUUAUUGAGGGAAAUACGUAUUCGACUCCCUCUCAAUCAGAAAGAUUUCUGGCUCCCAGGUGUCUUUUAUACAGGUAACGAGCUGAGAUUAGGAGCACACUCUUAAAGGGAGUGCUCCUAAUCUCAGCUUGUUACCUGUAUAAAAGACACCUGUCCACAGAAGCAAUCAAUCAAUCAGAUUCCAAACUCUCCACCAUGGCCAAGACCAAAGAGCACUCCAAGGAUGUCAGGGACAAGAUUGUAGACCUACACAUGGCUGGAAUGGGCUACUAGACCAUCGCCAAGCAGCUUGGUGAGAAGGUGACAACAGUUGGUGCGAUUAUUCGCAAAUGGAAGAAACACAAAAUAACUGUCAAUCUCCCUCUGCCUGGGGCUCCAUGCAAGAUCUCACCUCGUGGAGUUGCAAUGAUCAUGAGAACGGUGAGGAAUCAGCCCAGAACUACACAGGAGGAUCUUGUCAAUGAUCUCAAGGCAGCUGGGACCAUAGUCACCAAGAAAACAAUUGGUAACACACUACGCCGUGAAGGACAGAAAUCCUGCAGCGCCCGCAAGGUCCCCCUGCUCAAGAAAGCACAUAUACAGGCCUGUCUGAAGUUUGCCAAUGAACAUCUGAAUGAUUGAGAGGAGAACUGGGUGAAAGUGUUGUGGUCAGAUGGGACCAAAAUCGAGCUCUUUGCCUUCAACUCAACUCACCGUGUUUGGAGGAGGAGGAAUGCUGCCUAUGACCCCAAGAACACCAUCCCCACCGUCAAACAUGGAGGUGGAAACAUUAUGCUUUGGGGGUGUUUUUCUGCUAAGGGGACAGGACAACUUCACCGCAUCAAAGGGACGAUGGACGGGGCCAUGUACCGUCACAUCUUGGGUGAGAACCUAUUUUCCUCAGCCAGGGCAUUGAAAAUGGGUCGUGGAUGGGUAUUCCAGCAUGACAAUGACCCAAAACACACAGCCAAGGCAACAAAGUAGUGGCUCAAGAAGAAGCACAUUAAGGUCCUGGAGUGGCCUAGCCAGUCUCCAGACCUUAAUCCCAUAGAAAAUCUGUGGAGGGAGCUGAAGGUUCGAGUUGCCAAACGUCAGGCUCGAAACCUUAAUGACUUGGAGAAGAUCUGCAAAGAGGAGUGGGACAAAAUCCCUCCUGAGAUGUGUGCAAACCGGGUAGCCAACUACAAGAAAUGUCUGACCUCUGUGAUUGCCAACAAGGGUUUUGCCACCAAGUACUAAAUCAUGUUUUGCAGAGGGGUCAAAUACUUAUUUCCUUCAUUAAAAUAGAAAAAUCAAUUCAUAACAUUUUUGACAUGCGUUUUUCUAGAUUUAUUUUUUGUUAUUCUGUCUCUCACUGUUCAAAUAAACCUACCAUUAAAAUUAUAGACUGAUCAUGUCUUUGUCAGUGGGCAAACGUACAAAAUCCGCAGGGGAUCAAAUACUUUUUUCCCUCACUGUAUAUAUAAAUGUAAAUAAAGUUACUGCUGACAUAGUCAGAGCUGCUAAGUACCUUGGCCAUCAAUAUCCUUGGUGUGUUUUUAGCUUAACUGUGGGGUGACACAAUUAACUUAUUUACAGUUAAUUAACCACUUCAAAUCUCUUUGUUAGCAAGCACUGUCUCCAAAACUGCAAGCUGUCUCAGUAAUGUUUACUUUUUUAUGUUUGUGAUGUCUCCACUUUCCGUUUUAGAAGAAAAAUAUCAAUCAUUAGGCAAUACAAAAAUGCAUGCACAUGAAUUGUAUGUUGCGAAAGUCACUGCUUUACCAAGUCUCUGUUUCUGUCUGUUUGUGUUGACCUGUCCAGGUGAGAAGCCAUACAAAUGCACCUGGGAUGGCUGCACGUGGAAGUUUGCCCGCUCUGACGAGCUGACACGCCACUACCGUAAACACACAGGUGUCAAACCCUUCAAGUGUGCGGACUGUGACCGCAGCUUCUCGCGCUCAGACCACCUGGCCCUGCACCGACGGAGACACAUGCUAGUAUGAUACAGUUGCAGGGUGAUGAUGUCAUCAGAAGGAGCAUAUACACACACUUACACACACACAUCGCCGCCAGGGGAGCAGUGUCUCUCCCUCAAUGUGAUUCAGCUGGACUGGACACACACCGCCGUCUGUCUGCGAGGCGGUGGGAAGAGCGGAGUAAAAUGCACAGAAAGGCGUCUGUCUGUCCACAGAGAAAAAAAACAGGGUCAGUUCUGGAUCCUCAGUGACUGAGGAGGGUCGGAACUGGAAAAUGCUCUUUUAUUAUCAUUUUUGAAUUUUGAGUUUUAACGUAAACCUGUCUUUAUUCCCAGCACUGUUCUUAGAUGGUUUCACUUUGGAGUUUUUCUCGGAAGGAGUUAUGCUCUUCUUCGUUCAUUUGGACGGGAAUCGUAAUUGCAACCGUUCUUCUUGGUGUUUUGUUUUGAUUAUAUUGUUCAAAAUGGCUGCUUUUCUCGCGUCUAUAAUGUGAAAGAACUCGGAGGAUUUGAUGGCUGGAUGAAUGGAUGGAAGGGCUGUGUGCAUGUGUGUUUUUGAAGUAUAGGGCAAACCUUGGCCAAUUGAAUAAACAGACACAGAUUCUGGUUCGUCCAUGGAGAGUAUUGUUUCCCAGUUCCUUCCAUACAGCAGCUCCCUGCCUCGCUGUGCUUCAGGACAACCGGCAGCAGAGGGCGCCAUCCACUCAUUGAUUGUACCCAUAAAAACUGGUUUGAGUGUUCUAGAGUCAGCAUUCUAGAAUGAGUUCUAGUACCAGUGUUCUAGAUUCAGAAGCAUCAGAAGCAUCCCAGUGGGCCAGUGAUAUAGAAACUGUAAGGGGCGGAGUUAACUCCAACCCAAUGUCAGCAAACCAGCAACUGAGAUUAAAGAGUACAGUAUAUCCACAAACAGAGAGCAUCAGCAACCUCACUUCUCGUUCACAUCCACGCAUAUUGCAAUACCUACAGGUUUAGUAUACAUGUUUGUUGUUUUUGGUAUUUGUUAUUUUUUUUCUUCCAAUGGUUCUUCUUAGCACACGACUUAACCACAUUGCUGUUCCUCACCUUAAGCUUCUUUGAAACUUUUUAUUUAAAAAGAAAACUUUAUUGGUGCAUUUUGUGCUCUGAUUAGCAAUCAGUAAAGUGCAAUCUCAUUGGGUAAAUAUAGUUUCAAUAUCGAGACUUUUAUUGUUUCUUGUUCAUUAUAUCUUGCUGUGUAUGCCUGCUUUGAUCCAUUUCACAAAUAAAGAUCAAUCCACACACCAAUGUACAAUGAACUUUAAAACAAAUCAAAUUAACAUAUCUGGUAUGUGAAAACGACUUUGAAGCACCUUACAGAUUCACACCUUAUAUGAUGAUUCCAUAAUGUUCAAGGAUUUUGUUUUGUAUCCCUGCUCUUUACAGUGAAAGGGAUUGGCAUUGUGAUAAUCUGUGUGUUAGUAGUCUAGAGCUAACACAUCUUGGGUUUAGUUAAUAAUAAUAUAAUAUAUGCUAUUUAGCAGACGCUUUUAUCCAA